AUGCAACGCACCCACUUCAGCACUCUCGACAUCAACAACAACACCAAUACUACCUCCAACACCGUAACCGACAGCGACACAGAACAAAAAACCACCCCCGCCAACAACAAUAACAAUAACAACAACAAUAACAACAACAACAGCAGCAGCAGCAACAGCAGCAACCUCUCCCGGCAUGCUAGUUCACCAAGCUCCAGCACUACUGCAAGCGACAAGUCCACCAAGAACGAGUCGCCAUCCGUCCGCAAAAUCUCCACAAUGACCUCUGGUGGAAAGACCCUUGGGUUUCUUGGAUCCCUUAGCCCCAAAAACAGCAAAUACAAAAUCUCUAACAAAAAAGCAACCGCUCUAGUCGACUCGCCACGUCCUCCUUCUCCAGCACCACCAUCACCUCACACUAAUAGCGCACCACAAACAGCGACACUCUUGGCUACUCCUCUUCCACCAUCUCAUUCCCUUAUUUCACCCGCUUUCACCCAACCUGAGGAAGCCUACGCUCCAACCUCUCAGCGCCUCCAACCCGCUGUCUCGUCCACUAUGAGCUCACCCAACCGCAAGCUGUCAAUUGAUCAACCAGACUCCCCUCGGCUGGGUCAGCGGCUUCAUCAACAGCUGCAGCAGCGCGAACCGCAACAAGAAUUUCCCGACUCUUCCAAAGACAAGGACGACAAAAGGCGCGCAAAGGACAAGGAUCGCCACCACAGUCACUUUGGACUACGCUUGUCCAAGGCCAUUGGUCUCUCUUCUUCGUCCUCCAAGAACCAACACCAACAGCGGAUACGACAACUGUCAGUUGACAGUCUCUUAACCAUCGAUGCAGUUACAGGCCCGACCCCAGGGAUAACAGCUACUUCAGACGAGUCUCCUCAGCAGCAGCAAUCGCAGCCGCCACAUGCACAGCGACAGACAGGAAAGCCGACCCUGGGGAAGGAGAAGGAGAAAAAGGGAGGCAUCAUGAACCAUUUCCUGCAUCGGCCCCGCAUCUUGAGUUCCAAUGACGGCAUAAAAUCCAAAGGGUCGAUACAGAGCUCAACAGGAGGCGCAACAGGAGUAGGAGUUAGCAUGGAAGCAUUAGGCGGGAGCCAGAUCAACUCUUUCAAGUUUCCGGAUGCAUCAUUCGCCCAAUCUGUGACCAACAGUGACAUUAGCCUGGACAGCGAAUCGCAUCGACGUGAUAGUGCAGACGGAUCGGGAUUUGCAGCAGGGGAGGACAAAGAUAUGGCAGCGCUGCGCAGGUUUCAGAAUCGUCAUCGGCAGGACAGAGGCAGCUUGAGCAGCGGCAAGUCUCUGGUCGACACCUUGACGGCGCAGAGCUUUCGGCGUCGACCAAGUCUGAUUGUCGAUCUGAUGCCACUGCCAUCAAUGCAGCGGCAUCGCCAUCAACAUCCUUUGCCUCCAAGCAUUGCGGAUAUGGUCGAAUCUGCUCAGGAACUGCACCCCCACCACGAGCCAGGAGACAUGGAGCGACUAAAUCUCUACAACCAUUUGGGGCUACAGGAGAUUCACUACAGCACCGGAACAGGCGAGGAGCCAUCUGAGCUAAUGAUCCGUCAGCUCUAUGGCAGUGGCUCUGGUCCCCGAAAGAGCCACUCGUCGACGUUCCUCCUUCCUGGUCGUGUUGGAUCCGGUAGCAGCAUCAACAGUAUGGGAACCCCGGAGCACCAUGGCCUACGUCGUGCAUCUUCGCCUGGUGCCAAUCUGUCACAUUUGAAUACAUCGAUCACUUCAAACAGUUCAACUCUGGCAACAAUGACAACAUCCUCGAUCGCGCCCUCAGAGUCAACAUCGUCGCGACUGGGGAAGCUGGGUCGGUUCAAGUUUCCGUCGCUCUCGAUCGCAAGCAUCCACCGACACAAGCAAAGCAGCCUGAACGGGAGUAGCUCUUCGAUCCAGUCCUCUUCUGACGAACAGCACCACGCCAUGAUGCUCGCCAACUUCAACAACACGCGACGGAGCUCCUUAUCGAUCCCUUUCAAGUCUCCCAUGUUCGAACCCACUGUUGCUGUCCAACCACCCUCUCCGGCAUCGCAUAUCCAUGUCUCUGAUUCUGCAUCGACAUUUGCUUCGGUCAACACCAUGGGGAUGACAACUUUGGGGCCUUCGACAGUAGGAAGCAGCAGCAACCACAGCAGCAUCAGCAGCAGCUAUUAUGUCCUCGACACGGCGGCGACUGGUGGCAGCAUGAGCGAUUUUAAGAAGCCAAGACAAUCACUCGCAGCAUUUUUGGAAGAGCAAGUGCACCAUCCUCAUCACAGCUCUACCAACGGAAUGAAUGGUCUGCCAUCAACAUCUUCGGUCGCCCCUCCAUCACAGCAGCAGCAAAUCCAUCGACCAGCCCUGAGCAACAAUGACGAAGCAGCAGGGGCUCAACAGCAACAGGAGCACCAGCAGCCGAAGCAUCCUCAUCGACACCAGCGACAGCAAUCACGGAGUCUAGGCAAGAGCUUUACUGGGUCCGAAAAGUUCACCGCCAACACAACAAUCGUCACAGGAUCCAUCAGCGGCAGCAGUGGUAGUGCUAGCAGCACGAGCAGUCAGCAUCACCAUGGGCUGAGUCUGGGAUUCCGCUCAGGAUUGUUGAGACGAAGCUCGAGGAGGACAAUGAGCGCGAGCCACAUCUCCUCCAAGAACAUCUUUGCUCGGGAUUCUGCAGCAGCCUCUCGCCAGGAAGCAGCGACACUUGCGUAUGGGGGCUUGAUAGAAUCCCAGGUUCGAGGAGGAUCAGAAGACGGAGGUGGAAACAACGGAGUAGAAGUCAAGUCGCCGCUCAGGCACUUCAAGAGCGAUCGCGAUAUUUUGUCGACAGCGCUGUUGCACGGUCCCGCCGCUGCCGACAAUAAAGAGGCCUACGGAGGCAGGGAUAGCAGUGACAGCGGGGAAGGCACAGGAGAUUCGGGACCAGAUGAUUUGCCAUCUGUCGAGUCAAGUGUAUCUGUUGUGGGUCAGUAUCUUUUUGGAGACGAGCUCAAGAACUUAUCAUUCGGGGAUCGCGAUUCUACAUUGGUCAAGGUCGACUCUGCAGUGGACACAACUGGGGCAGACAUCUUCAAGACUGAGCCUGGACUCAAGACGGCGCCCGCAAAUACCGUUUCGGACGAGGCUCUGACUGUGACUCCGGUGGCGAUACCAACUACACUAUUAGCAUCGCCGGCGAGUGCCACGACUACAGCGGCAGGCCCAGAAAAGGCGCUUCUCUCCAAGUUGCUGGGUGGCAAGAAGAAGUCGGAUUCAUUUCUUCCCAGUGCAAAGGACUCGACAUUAUCCACCCAAACCUUACCGACAUCAACCACCUCGCCCAAAGCCGCCUCGAUUUCACCGACACAUUUGUACACGACUGACACUAAGCCAACGCCAGGGUCGAUCAUGAUUCCAAGGGACAGGAAGCUGACACUGGGCUCAAAGAUCACUCCGAAUACCAAACAGCAGGAGACCCCCACUACACCAAAACCGCCAACGUUCAUUCCUCGGUCACCUGCAGCAGUUGCAGCAUCUCGCAAGUUCCCAGGAUCUCCCGGAUACAGUUCUUCCUCACCACUAUCCUACUCGACACAUCCUCCAAUCUUGGGUCCACAAAUUCCCGCAGCAGGAACGCCGACAAAGUCAAAGUUCUCGAUUCUUGGCACCUCGGCAGCUCCUAGCUCUGGAUUCCCGUACCUCCAAAGCCGCCCUUCGCUAAGCCUUACUAUGGCUUCGUCUGCAACUCCUUCGAAGAACCAUGGAGUGGGGCCACUUUCGAUCUCGCCUUCAGCGCCUUACAUGCCCCACCACUCGUCGUCGACACCACUCCCAGGAAAGAGCAGCAAUGGCCUUGGAAGCAGUGGAUCGCCCGUUCUACAUUUAGAGCCUCGCAGCGCUGUGGUUGAUUAUCGCCCUGCGAUCCACUACAAGCGACAGCGGAGUAUGUCUCUUCAGGACGCAGAUCUUCUGACGGCGGACCAAUUUAUUGCCCUGAUGCCGGACGAUGCUCCAACCAAACGAAGGUUCAGCUCCGAGGAGACUCUACAGGACAACAAUUCGUGGGCGAUGGGCGUAAAAGCCAAGAACGUUCCUUUGCCAGAUCCACCAACGACUUUGCGAUCCCUACAUAGUACCCUCAAAACCAAAUGCGACUUGGUAUUGAAACACCUCGCUGCGGUUUCCGCUCCAUUAUCCUCGACUCCUCCCACAUUCACGCAGCAACAGCAGCAGAGAGAGGAGCAGACCCACCAGCAAGCUUCGUCGGCACCUCGGCACAUGGCUUCAACUACGACUUCGGCGUCACUCGUCCCUUCCUCAACGUUUUUGUCCUCAAAUUUGAACUUAUCGACCCUCUCCCUCUCAGAAUCAGAGUCUUUGGCAACCUCGACAACAGAGCUGGCUCGGAAGCGAGCGGAGAAAAACGAAGUCUCGUUGGCUAUUAGUCCUUCUGAACAGAUUUUGAUCCGCGUUCACGGUGCGGAGGACAACCAGACAUCGUCGGCCUUCAAGGAGGAUGGGACUGGCAGCAGGAGGGUGUCUGUGGAUGACACGCAUGGCAAACGUCGAGGAAGCGAGCAAAGUAUUGUGUCCUCAGUAGCGCCAGGAGGAAUUCGACCAAAGAAGAGCAGUCUGGUUGUCAGCGGAUCCAACUCUGGGAAUGAAAGGGCAACAGAAGCGGUACCAACUGAUAAGUCGAGUGAACGUAGUCAGGAGAGCUCUGCUCCCGUUGACGUGGAUCAGAUUGACGUGGUGGAGGCGGUUGGGAUGCUUUUUGAUGAGAUGGAUCAGAUUAUGACCCGGAUGACUGAGAUGUUCGCCAAGUAUAUCUCAACAGACCAGUUUUCCAGUCUCCUCAAGGAAUCGGACGAGAUUUGUUAUCAGGCCCAGGAGGUUUGUCGCGUCGAGUUGGAUCGCAGAUGUAGACAACGACACCUGCAACUCCGCCAACAACAGCAGCAACAUCAACUACAGCAACAAGCACCGGAACGGGAAGCGGGAGUGGCUGUUGAGGUUGUUCAGGAACUCAAAGCUGCAGUGGAGAAACAAGUUUCAAGUUUACAUCACCAGCCUCAGCCUCAAUCUCAGAAGCUAACGGUCAACAAGGAGUCAAAGACAUCGGAGAAGACCAACGAUCCUCGACAGGGCCAACCUAAUCCGUUGCCUACCCAACAGUGCUCUUCCCAGCAACCGCCAAGCACAGAUGUGGCGGCGACGAUCGAACCGGUAACAACGCCUGCGGUAGGUCAAGAGACAACUGGUAAUGUUGAUGACAGGCAGGUGAAGAAGAAGGACUCCAAGGAUCGGAUACGACAUCGUCGGGAUCGAAACCAUUACAAGCACCAGUACCAGUACCAACCCCAAGAGCGAAAUCCUGGAGAUGCUGAUGCCAAUGGAGAGAUGUCGUCCGAAGAAUAUCAGGGAGCAGUCUAUAGCUAUAUCCAGACAGUGCUGGCUACGGCAGAGGCUGUCAUGGCAGAGUACAUGCGAACAUACAACCGAAUGCUUGUGGUCCCGACCAAUGGAUACAGGAUAGAGGGCUCUAACGACUUGAAGAAGAUCGAGCGGAAUCUUCGACCAGAUCAUCCUCAUAUGCCUCUAAAAUCGAUUACAACCCUAAGUGCUGGAUCCUCUCAGCAGCCUUCGCUUAUGAGCCGUGUUUCGGCUGUCCAGAAUGCUCCCGCAGAUGAAACGACUCUGCCUGAACGAUCUGUACUUCAAAGUUCAGCAGCCACAUCCGCCAAUUACAACUCACCCAACCUUUCAGGGUCCAUCUCUGCAAUUACCGCAUCAAGCACGGACCCCACUCCCUCGCCCACGAUGGAUAUCUUUACUCCAUCGAAUGCUUCCCCAGGUGGCCAGGCGAUGGUCCGUGUUAAGAGUUUGCCCGAAGGCAAGGACGAAUGGGCAGCUUUGCAGAAGCGCAAGGAAAUGGGUGGCAGUCCUGGCGUCGCUGGUGCCAUCUCUAUGGGUACACCUGCGGCAGUCGGCAUUAGUGUUGGCACAGGCGCUGGGAUCGGAGGAGGCAUUGGUGGAAUUGGCGCUACUGGAGUGGCAGCUGGGAUGGCAACAGGGACUGGAAUCGCAAUGAUGGGCGAGUACUCGAAGGAACAUAUGGGUCAUGAAGCAUACUACUACAGGAACUGGUUCCUUGGGAAAGAGCAUCGCACGUUUGUGGGCCAGGUUGAGGGUCUGGGAACCGUCAUUAUCUCUAUCAUCAAAGACAUGGUAGUGCCGACGGAGUCGCGCCCUCAGCUUUCUUCGCGAUUUUCGACCGGACCAAGCUCUCUCACACAUCACUCUUCAUUUGCCGCGCCUGCAAGUACUGGAGUGGGCAGUAGUGGAUCGAGCGCUCACUCGGCACGUCAAAGCCGUCCUGAACUUGCGCAUUCCGCACAGAGUUUCUACCCUGGCAGAGCCGGAGGCUAUCAUGGGAAUGGAGUGGGCGGUGGCGGCAUGAUGGCUAGUCCUCGCUCAAGCUCAGAGGCCAUGCGAAUCAUCUUGUCUGCGUCUACUGCCGCGACACCAGGACUGGGAAGUAGUCAUGAUAACCACGGAUCUGAGCCAGAACCCAGCCCGCUGAACAACCUGACGCGCCGUGCAGGAAAGCCUCAAUGGAAAACCAUUCUUCAGUCGAUCCAUCCCGCCAUCACGCAACAAGUCGCAUCCAAGCUGAAGAAGGUGGAGAACAAUCAGCAUUUCGAAAUGGAGUUGGCCAAGUUUGAUGAAACGAUGCUCAGGUUCAACUACAAGUUUGGAGUCCUGUUGGUUCACCCUGGUCAGACAAAGGAGGAGGACUGGUUCAGUAACCAGAUGAGCUCGAGUCCUCGGUUCCAAGAGUUUUUAGAAAGCGGUGCUCUUGGUCAGAAGGUUGCCCUCAAGGGAUUCGAAAGGUUCUCGGCCGGCUUGGACACUCGUAGCGAAGGUGGAGAGUAUUCGUACUAUGACACCUGGGGCGAAGGAUUCGAGAUCAUGUACCACGUGUCGACCCUUCUGCCGUACAACACCGUCGAUCGCCAACAGAUCCAGCGCAAGCGCCAUAUUGGCAACGACAUUGUAUGCAUCAUUUUUGUCGAUGGAGACCAGCCCUUUGUCCCCAAUGCCAUCAAGUCCCAGUUCCUCCAUAUUUUUGUCAUUAUCCGCAUGGUCACUCUCUCAGACGGAACCAAGGGAUACAGCGCGACUAUUGCCUGUGACGAACAGGUCCCCGAGUUUGGACCGCCUCUCCCCGAUCCACCCAUCUUCAGGACUCCAGCAGAACUGCGCGCGUUCCUGUUAUGCAAGAUGAUUAAUGGCGAGAAUGCGGCUUAUAAGGCUCCCAGGUUGAUCAAGCCUCACCAGCGAGCUCGUUCUGGCAUGCUGGAGAAUUUGGUCGCCAAGGCCAAUACCCUUGCCAAGGUGAAGGACAUUGACAAGAAGCUGCCUAAGCAGCAGAAGGCACCUGCUGUCUCCUCUUCUGUUCCUGCAGCGGCUGUAACGCCUACUACACCUUCGGCCUUUUCCGGCGCAUCAUCUUCACAGCACACUUUGCUCAGUAUGAGCUCUAGUCCCAAUCUGACGCCCUCUCAUCCGAUUGCUGGAGGGUCUAGCUAUUACCAGGUCCAGAACUACUGUCACACUUGCCACUGCAACCAACAACAACUGAACCUUUACCAGCAUGGUUGCCAUCUCUGCCCCUAUGACAAGGAUGGGCUCCCGUGUUGUUCAGCAGCACCUUUUGCAUCUACCUCUACUGCCUUUCUAGGAGAAGAACGUACCCAUCCUCACCACCAGCCUGCACACUCGAUCAACGGUCGCAAAGGCCCCAUCCCGGCGGCGAUUCGAACCAACUCCGCCCGCAGCUCGUUGGUCGUUCUGGGUUCGGAGACGGCGGCGACACUGUUCAAGUCGCGGAGGAGGAGCUCGAAUGCGGAUUCAACCAAACUGGAGGCCCAGUUCCUUGCGGACAACACGUCGGCAAAGGAGAAGGAUGCAACAGGAAACGGCGAUUAUCCUCACCGACCGCAACAGCAGCAGCAGGUGCCAAAUCAGUUCCCCGAGGGUCACGGAUACAUUGAGAACUUGCUCUCACCUUCGGUUCCCGGAAUGAUGGCUCUGCCCUCGCCAGUCUUUGGACCUGCGUCGCUGUCUGUUGCAGAUAUUGGUCCAUUCUUUCAACAGGGAGAUCCGGACCAAUGCUCGGAGCCGUGCUGUCAGAGCACUUCCUGUUGCUGUUGCACGUCGUGCUGCGAUUGCUCGUAUUGCGACGAGUCGGGUCAUGCCCUGGAAUCCUUGCGGACGCGACCUCAGCCUGACAAAAGUGCGCCUGCGAUGAAGUCUGAAAUAAGCCAUCAUCUCCAACAACAGUACCAUCUCCAAAGCGCUCUGAAGCAGUCGUCCCAGUCGGCAACUUCGUCACCGACAGAUUCACAGUUUGCGACGAAUCGACCUGGAAACACUCAGGCAGAGCAUCCUUCGCACUACCACACUGUGACAUCGAUGAACGGUCUGGGUGCAGCAAUGUUGAAUACGGACAGGAAGGAUUCCAACACUCUAGGAAUGUCUCUCGCUUACAACAGUAAGGGACGCUCCAAGUCGGAGGUGGAUCUGCAGCUGACAUCCAUCCACGAAACCCACAACAGUUUGCCCAACCGGCAUUCGACUGGACUCAUCCUGGGCACGGCCACUGCCAACUAUCCUAUGUCAGGAACCAGUGGCCUGAACGAGUUUCACCAUCACCACCACAGCCACGCAGGAAUCAUUGCGACGACCCAUCACCGCCACCACCACCGUGGCGGCGGUCAUCAACACAGUCUUCUCGGCGCCGGUGGAGCGAUACCCAUCCGAGCAAGCACGACGACGGCGGCGAUGACAGGACCGGUGAUUCAUCAAGCCGCAACGGCGCCGGCUAACUCUUCGAUGAAAGGUCGGGCGCACAACUUUUUGACGACUCUGGUGAGACGACGAGCGAGUUCUAACGACACCUCUGGAUUGGGACCUACCGCACACCAGAUCAGUGCGCCCAAGCAAUCGCACCUGGGCGUUACAGCGUCGUCCCCGCUGGGUAAAUGGGCCAACAACAUUGGAGGCCAUUAUCAUCACCAGCACCACGCCCAUGCCCAUGGCGACCAGACCUUGCAGCACCAGCAGCGUCAGCAGUACUGUCGUCAUGCACACUGCUGCCAAAGCCAUCGAUACCAGCACCAACCGCCACGGCAGCGUCAUAGCUUGACCCCGUCGUCAUCUAACGCACCCUCCACUGCACCUGUCUCUGCACCUAUGGCUCAGGAGAACUCGACCGCUGUUCCGAUCAUGAGUCGACCUCUCAAGUUCAAGGACGGGUUCAGUAAAGACAAGACACCCAUCCACAUCAACACUGCUGCCGCCGCUGCACUGGGGCCGUCUCGCCCAAACCAGUACUAUCAGCAAUCGUCGUAUCUGAACCACAACCCGCCUUCAGCGUCGACAGCCUCCUCUGGAUCUUCGCCAUCGCUUUUCCAUAGCUCCCUCCCUUCAGCUUCGACACUCCAUACGGUUGGCUCGACUGCUGUCAGAUCUGGUAGUUGGGGCCCUGCCACAGGAACAGGAGUAGUGAAAAAUCGCAGUGGCGGUCUGUACAGCAGUAGCAGUCCCCAUAUGACGUUGGCGACACCAUCCUCGUCCACCAGCACUGGAUUCUCUUCACAUUCGCUCCGGAGAUUUGCGUCAAGGGAUGCCAUUCCCCGUUCGACGUCUUCACCAUCACAGAACCAAGGAUUCGAAAGGUCAAGUUCUGAGGGUUUGACAUAUGCUCUAGCUCUGGCUUCUAUAAGUGGUGAUACAGCACAGAGCAAGGCGGAGGAAAAGCCCUCAUCGGACCCAACUCAAGUAGUUGACAUGGCGGACGGAGAGCAGGAUGAAUUCCAGUUCGCAGAGUCACCUUUGCCGUACACGCCUCAAGGUCAGACUCCUCCCACAUCAGGAUCAAAGUUUAUGGAUUCCAGGACUUCAAUUGACAGCUUGGGAGGUCGACCUAGUACCAGCACGACAACGACGACAACAGUGCCCACCGCGUUCCCGCCAGGAAUAGGAAACCUGAACAGGCCAUCGAUGGACUAUAUGAGCUUCAAAUCGGCGACCUCUUCCUCCUCCUCUGCGCGAGACUCGCUCCUUCAACAGCAACGGUACGAUCCUGGACUGUCGUCUGCUGGACGCGCCAGAAGACAGAGUGGAGAUGCGCGUCGAGGGCGCAGGGUGGAUGCAGAUCCAGACGACGAUGAUGAGAUGUGUGGGGACAGUAGUGAGGAUUUGGCGAGGUUCUUGGCUAUGGGCCCCCUUGCCCUGAGGGAGAGUCAUUCUGUGAUGGCGAUGGAGUGUCCUAUAGACUGUCACCACCACCACCACCAUCAGCAUCACCAACACCACCACCAUGGACCCCGCAACCACAGCCACCACCACCAUCAUCACCAUCAUCACCAUCAUCACUAUAACCACGUCCACCCGCAACAGCACCAGCAGUAUCCUAGAGAGUACAGACGGCCCAGCUCUGGUCCUCUCCCUCUCAGGAACGGAUCAUCUUCAACCUUCUCCCACGCUAAUGCGGCCUCGACUGUUGCCCAUAAUCUUCCUCUUUCCAAGACCGCGAUCAACUGUGUGCACACUGAUGUCCCACCGUCAUUGUCAAGAACGAGUACGAGCAGCAGCGGGAAGCAAGUCAAGCGAGCAGUGAGCGUAGAGUCCUUCUUGGGCCAAGAAUCUAUGCUGUCGAGGGUCUCUUCCUUGAGAAGUAAGGGAUAUGGUCUUGAGGCUGCCUUGAUGUCGAACAUGGUUGUGCCUUCUCCCGGUCUGACCGAUUCGUGCGCAGCUGUUUGUACGAGUCUCCCUCCGGCGCCUCUUUGCUGCGGUAAUGGAAGUAUCGUUUUCCCCGUCCCUGGAGUAGUUCCCGCUUGCGGGGUGGUUUCGAGUGACCAGGACAAGAACCAGAUCCAGGAGACUGUUGCUGCUGCCACCGCUGGAGCCACCAACUGCGUUGUCAAUGCUGUUGCCCCAACUGUUGAUUCUACGAACCCAACAAAGGCAACAUGUACUGAACCAUUGACGCCGGCGGUUGCAAGGACGUGUCAAGAGUCGACUUUUGUUCGGAAGAGCAGUGAGAGUCAGCGUAGUUACUCUUUGGAGGUUGAGGACUUGGGUGUUAAACCCGUAAUCACUUAG